CUUUUUUACUAGGCUGAAAAACAGUCCAUUGACACAAGACGCAUGCGCCUGGAGACUUAAAUCCUGAAUCACUGCACCAGAAAAACAUGGAUUUGCUGGAGGCAAUACUCACCUUGCUGGGUGCAACAGUUCUUGUCUAUUACGGAGGAAAGUUUGUGCUCUUUAGUCGGAUGUUUUUUCCUAAAUGGUGUUUUCCUCUGUCAAAAACUUUCUUCACCUCUAUGGGAGAAUGGGCAGUCAUUACUGGUGCUUCAGAAGGUGUUGGGAGAGCUUAUGCAUUUGCACUUGCCGAGAGAGGAAUGAAUGUUGUUAUCAUGAGUCGGACCAAAGCAACGCUGGACCAGGUGGCAAAGGAAAUAGGUGAAAAAACAGGACGGACAGUGAAGGUGGUUGUGGCAGACUUCAGCAAGGAGAAUACCUUUGCAACUAUAGAGGAAGAGAUAAAAGACCUUAAUGUUGGGGUUUUAGUAAACAACAUUGGGGUGCUCCCCAACAUCAUCCCCUCCAGGUUUCUGGAAUCGGAGGAGCUGGACAAGGCGAUAACUAACGUGAUAAACUGCAAUGUGAAAACUUUGUGCAAGAUGUGCAAAAUAAUCCUCCCAGGCAUGGAGAACAGGAGAAAAGGGGUGAUUAUCAACAUUGCUUCAGGAAUUGCUUCUUUCCCCUGCCCGCUGUAUACCCUCUAUGCUGCAUCAAAGAUCUUUGUGGAAAGAUUUUCUCAAGGUCUUCAAGCAGAGUACAAGGACAGAGGGAUCCUCAUACAGGCAGUUGCUCCAUUUGGGAUCUCUACUCGGAUGGCACAUUUCCAGAAAGCCAACAUUGUUACUCUGCUGCCAGAAGACUUUGUACAAAAAUCCCUGCAGUACCUCACAGCCGGAGAAAAAACCCAUGGCAGCCUCUGUCACACAAUCCUGGGUUGGCUGCUGCACUCUAUUCCAUUUAAGGUUCUCCAUUCCGAGUAUGUGCUGCAAAAGUUACAGAACUACAUCGAAAAGAAAAUAGAACAGGAAGAAAAUGGUUCUACAUGAAAAUAGACACAUGGAAGUGGUAGGUAGAAAUAGGAAACCAUGAAGAUUGUAAAUCCAUCUUUUUUUUUAUUUUGGCUUUCUAGUGGCUUUUAUUCAUCAGUAGAGGAAGAGAAAGGAGGUUGGAUAGAGAU